AUGAAAACUGCUACGAUGACGUCGGUAGAUGAUAGCACAAUAAAUGUCGGAUACCCCUCUGGCAAGUCAGCCGAUGGUCCCUCCAUCAAGAAAUCUACCAUGACAAGUGAGGAUGUUUCUACGAGCACAAUGACUGGGGAAAGCAGAAAUAUCGGACACUCGAGUGGCGGACACGCAACUGUCGAACACGACAAACACAAAUCUGAAGAAGAAACAAUCCGCGAUUACGCGUCUGGUGGACACACCAUUGGCGGACACAUGACUCAUGGAUACACUGCUGGUGAAAACGCAUUUGGCGAUCACACCCCUAAAGAAGAAAAAAGUGGCACAUACACAACUGGCGAUUUCACCACGCAUGGUAUUACAUCUGGAAAACACACCACUAACCAACAAACAACUCGAGAACAUACCACGGGCGGAGCCACGCAUGAGACUAUCGAUGAUCAUCCGGUACCAAGUGGUUACUAUUCUAAUGAUAAUUACGAGAGUUUGACUGCGACCGCCGCGGAUAAUACAGCGACUAAAACACACACUACUGACUUCAACUACGACACGACAGGAACUGCUACUGAGAGUGCUACAUCAAGUGGUGGAUACAUCACCGAUACACACUAUGAAACCAGCACGGAGGCAGGUACGGCUGCUGGUAGAUAUGAGGUUGGCACUGCCCACAUUCCUUCCGAAUCGUCAACGGUGGACGGUCAGCAUUACUACCUUCCCAAAAAACAUGUAGCACACUACACGACGUACACUCCGACGCCUUAUGUAAGAGGUAGUGGUGGUGAGAACAAGCAGACCUACGACCAUACGACAUACGGAUCUUUUGAUACCAAAGUAGCGGAACCGUACGCAGAGCCUCCAACGAUCACGGAGCAGAUCACUCAAAAUCCAACAAAGCAGAUAUAUAAAAGUGUAAAGCACUACACUCCUUACGUUCCGACAGAGAAACCCUGUGACACGGAUGCACCGGAAGAAGGCACGAGCGAGCCAGCCACUGACGAAGUUCAGACAGAGCCCGUGAUCACGCUGCCACCGGUAAUACUGCCACCAGUUACGCUACCUUCUCUGCCACCGAUAACGCUGCCACCAGUGACACUACCUACUCUACCACCGAUAACGCUGCCACCAGUGACGUUACCUACUCUACCACCGAUAACGCUGCCACCAGUGACAUUACCUACUCUACCACCAUUGCCGCUGCCACCAGUGACAUUACCUACUCUACCACCAUUGCCGCUGCCACCAGUGACGCUACCUUUACUUCCUCCAGUGACGCUUCCUUUACUUCCACCAGUCACUUUGCCUCCGACACUACCAUUAUCUCCUCUUUUAUUGGAACCAACCUUGCCUCCAGCUACGCUGUCUCCUGCAUCACCACCAGUGGCACUACCUCCAUUAGUAACGCUUCCUUCACCAUUGACGCCGCUUCUUGUGACGCCACCUCUACAACCAACGGUCGCGUUGCCCCCCCCGCCUCUCCGCAGCCGCAAAUUACGCAGCUACUGA